AUGGCGGCGAGUGGCGCGCAAGAGAGGCGGCCGCGGCGCGGGCCCGCACCCAUCGCCUCCUUCGAUCACGACGUCUCUGAAGAGGUGAGCGCCUCUAACCUGCAGAACGAUCUUGCAUGCUCGUCUAAUGCUCACAACUCGGUCGUGAUCACAUCUCUCUCGUCUCCGCAGUCGAGUCCUGAAACAAAGCAGACAUUCCGACUGCCGGAAAUCCGCGAAGAUCCAGCGGCUGGUGGCAAUAUUGUAGCGAACGGCAACGCACUCGCGCCGCCCGAGCAACGUGCGCGGUCACACUCGUCUCCAGCGGUACACGGCAAUGGUGCAGGGUUGCAGACGCCAGCGGCACCCCGCAUCGAUAUCUCCCGUGCAUCCAGUUCUAGUCAUCACGAUUCGCGUGACAGUUCGCCUGAGCUAGCUCUAUUCGCUGGAGGCGCGGAGGAGGGUCGUGCACGCCUCGAACUUGGCUUCCGGGAAGACGGCGCGCUUGAGUUGCGAUCUUCUACCGAAGAGCUGGCGUUUUUAGAAGGCGCACCAGGGGAGCCACGCCCUGCACCCGCGCCCUCUAUUUCUCGCCGUCAUUCACGUAAAGAUAGUCAGAGUUCCGAGGCCGCACUGCUAGCGGUGUCAGGACGCACCAGUCGAAUAUCUAGUGUGGGUUCACAAUGCUCGGCGCACUCUGCAAUUUCAGCUUUCAGCCAGACCAGUCGCGUCUCUCAUCUUUCAGUGGUUUCGGGUGCAUCACGUUCCCCGUCACCUCACAAAAUGUUGCUCGAGACUUCAUUUUGCGGUCCAAAACCGAUUGAAACGGACCCGGAAAUAUGUGCCGCCGCAGUUGAAGAGCGAUUGCUUCAAAUCGCUAAGUUAACCGCUGAACCUUUACCCGUGCUAGUUUCAUCACCAUCAGCUCCGGUUUCGUCUGCAGUCGCCGAGAACUUUUCCGUUCCUGUAACUUCGCCUUUAAGACCCACUUCUACGCCCAUUAUAAUAUCGACUCAGGAACCCGUACCCGAGCCUGUAGACGCUCGAGAUCAUCGUGAAGUGCGCACGGAAGUGACCGUAGAAAGUGCGCGUCCUGUGCAUAUCCCGCGCCUAGUUUCUCCAGCUGCUCCCACUGUGGCACCAUGUGUCGCACCAUCAACGCCAGCAUCGUGUUCCAAUAUAUUAGAUAAGGAUAAACGACAAAAAGAAACAAAAAAUCGUGCUAGAGCUGAGGAGCGCCGAGCUAGAUCGAAAGAAUGCCGCGAGCCAUCCAAGCCAGAGGUAUACAAGAGCAGUAAUCGCUCCAAAGACAUCAUUAGAAUCAAAUUGAAACCAGAUCACGAGUACGAUGAUGACGACGACGAUGACGAAAGCGAGAGAACGUUGGUUGGGGGAGAGCCUGCACGAAAACCCGUCACUUUAGAACUACAUGAACGAGCCGCAGCUACUAGCCCGGCACCUCAACGAAGAUUACGGGAUAGCCGUACUCCAUCACCUUCUGGUGUAACAGUUUCUCGAAAAUCCUCCUUCUGUUCCUUAUUUAAAUCGCGUGAAACUAUCGCCUCACCCGACUCUCCGUGUGACUUGUUACGCCGCAAGAAAAGUCUCAACGAAGGCAGAUCACGCAGCAAAAGUCGAGAUCGAUCCACCACGCCUACCUCAGGAUCCAAAAUUAAAGGUUCUAUGCUUUCCUUGUUCAAAACUCCAAGAAAAAACGCCACAUCACCAUCGCCGAGCUCAAGAGAUGGUUCACCAAGCGUUCAGCCUCAGCGACAGUUUCCACAGCAGCACGUUGAAAAACAGAUUGGUAGGGAGAAACUUAAGUAUUACGAAGACGCAAAAGACGGCAUCAUUCACAUCCCGUUACGUACUCCACCCGAUGAAAUACCUAGUACCAGUACCGCUCGUGCACACAGCGUUGUAAGUGAGGUGCGGUCAGUGGACCGCGAGGUGCUUUUUGCUACUGCGCUGGUGUCGCCGUCUCGAGAAACCACACGUCCCGCGUCCGCCCCGCAGCCUCGCCUGCCACCUGAACGACCUGCCUCCGUAACGUCAACGCGCUCUACGCAAAAACCUAUAAAGCGAACAGUUCUUCCCGACGGUAGUAUCAUUAUACCGUUACAUUCACCAACGGAAAAAGUUGCCGAUAGCUGCGUAUUAACAUCGAAUCUUCCCUCUAGCACCGUAUCUAGCCAAACUGCACAGGCAACCGACCGAACCACACCCCCAAAUGAUAAAAAGAGUGAAGACAAAAACGAAUCGAGCGUCGGGGAUGUCAAACUAUGUACGGAGCUGCCCAGUAGCUCUACUGCAUCUAACACCGCACGCACCAUAGAAGAGGAUAACAAAAGCAGAAGGGAGCGCAUAAUUUUUACUACGCACGUCGGAAGUAGGGAGCAAGUAUUCAGCACGCAGUUCAGUAUAACCAAGACGCCCAGUGUGACGAGCGAAAUAUCAGAAUCGAUCCCGAGUUUCGUAGAAAGCGAUGACAGUCGAACGGGUCUUCGCGACACACACAUCACCUCGGUGGAGUCGCCGCCGCACUGCGAGCGACCGUCGGCUCCGGAGCCCGGCGAUGAUGCGGUACGUUCGUCCGCCGGUUCGCCGCGCACUCGAGAUUCAUCCGAGUCGGAACCGAGUUCGGAGGCGGGGCCGGCGCACAGCGGCAACGAGGUGGAGCGACGUGGGCUAGUGGUACAGGAAUCGUUCGAGGAAGAGUUGCCGUAUGUGCCCACUACGUUACCGUUGGAGCGAUCGCUUGCGCUACCCAUGGUGCCCGUGCGGGAGCGCAGCGGCGUCCGCGUGGCGGGGGUGCAGAGGCCUCGCGCCGUUGCGCCCCCGCCAGCCCCACCACGAGUACCCCGCGCGCCACCGACCCAGCCUGCUGCCCAUCGAUUCACGCCGCCCGCCCAGCCAGCCACCCCGCCCGCCCCGGUGCCCGCCGACAAGCUGCGCAUACGGCUGCCACGGCGAACGCGCACCGUCUCCACAACCACACCGCCGCGCCCCGAACGUCCCCGCACCAGGAGCGGCGGAGACGAACUAUCAUUAGCAUCAUGCGAGAAUCGAAAGAAAGCGGAGUGGAUAGAUUUCGAAGAGGUGCCAGAGAGGCGCAAGCAGCCAAAGAGGAUACAAACGUUGCCGGCAACGGAAACUUCGGCGGAACCGGAAGCGGAGGCGGAUACAGGGGGCGGGGGCGGAGGCGGAGGCGGGGGCGGGGACGGGGGCGGUCUGCAGUACGUGGAGCCCGAGCACUGCCGCUGCGAGUGCCACGCGCGCCGCGACGACGAGCUGCCAUUGCUGCCCGACGACGACCCGUCCGCGGACAGGUCUGGCGUAGAGUGUGCAGGCGCGAGCGUGCAGUUGAGCGUGCAGCUCGCGCGUCCCGCACGUCGCAGACAUCGAUCGGACAGUACGGGCGCGCCGCUGCCGCCGCACUGA